AUGAAAACAUUAAAUGCACAAUUUCUCAAUGAUGAUGAAAAACUCGUAUUAGGAUAUUUAGGUAUUACCGAAGAAUUUUUAGGUAAAAAAGCGAGCCAGUAUGUAGUAAAACAGACGGUCGAUACUAGAACGUUAACUCGAUUUUAUGUAACGUUAAUACUUUAUGAUUUAUGGAAAAAUAAUUCAAUUUACGAUGUAGCAAGAUAUUGGCAGAUACCGCGUGGUACUAUACAAUAUUUGUACUCACAAGCUGGACAGUGUGCAACAAGUAUUCUUUAUUUUACAAAGGUAUUUGACAACUUAUGGCCAUAUCAAGAUUUGCUACCAACAUUUAUUCGACGUUUAACAUUUUGUACAUCAUUAGAAAUAUUACCAUUAAUGGAAAUACAUGGCAUAAAACAGGGUCGUGCUCUUCAACUUGCUAGAGCUGGCUAUAAAACAUUGAAAAGUUUAGCACGUGCUAAUGUAAAUGAAUUAAUGAAAGACAUACCACAUUUACCACAUAAAGUUGCAUUAACUAUUAUAAAAAACGCAGCGAUAUUGUUAAAACAACAAAUCGAAGAUUUAAAAGAUCAAGCUGCUGAAUUAGAAGGAUGA